AUGCUUCGGAAGUUCAAGGUUCUGUCGUCGACGUACUCGAUAUGGAGUAUGAUUCAGGGUCGAAGGAUAUUUAUGUCGACUGUCUCCUACGAUGAAAUCAACCACCAUCACCCCAAAGCUAUUACAGAGCGCAAUUGCAAGAUUGGAAACACCGACCAUGUCUGGAAUACGGAAUCUGAGAUCAAGGACGGUUAUCCAACGGACAGUGGAUCAGAUCCACCUCUUCGGUAUCGCGACAUCUGUUUCUCGAUAAUCGUCUUCGAAUUCCUGCUUUGGCAUGAGAAAGGUGGCAUCCGGUGGCCGAAGAAGGUGACGAUUUGCUUCGAUAGCAUCAUGCGACUGCCUCUGCUGGUCCUGGUCGCACGAUCUCUCAUUGGUGCUUUCGUCCUAUAUCCCCCAAGCCGAAUAACCUGGCAAUUUUUCACCAAUAGUUUUCAGCAUGACGGCACAACCCUUCCGUCUGGCAUCGACGACCAGACCCAUAGUUCUCUUCUCCGCGACCGUGUGUCCUUGAUAUAG